AUGGGCAUUUUCAUGGAGAUAGAUGCCCGGGAUCGCGCUCUCAGGGACUCCGUGGACCGCCGUAUCGAGGAGGCGCGUCUCGAGGAGAACUUGUCGGCGACUAGCGAUGCCUGGAGCAAUCUUGCAGCUGCACAAGAGCACUCCAAGUCCCUCCAGGUGGAGCUAUCUACUACGUUGGAGGCCCUCAGGAGGGCUGAUGGGAGGGCAGCUACAGCUGAGAUUAGUCGAGAUGAAGCAUUGAAGCAGCUGUCCUCCCUAGAGGAGGUCCGGAAGGAGAGGGAUGAGGCCACGAGCCAGAAGGAGGGGGUCCAGCAUCAAUGCGAGGCCUUGAAGGCAGAUUUGGAGGUAGCCCAGGCUCGUUGUGAGGUUGUAGCAGCCCAAAGGGACGAAUCCCUAGCUCGGACAGUAGUUCUCGAGCAGGAGCUAGCCAAGCGUGCUGAUAGCUUUAAAGACCUGACUUUGGAAGUUCAGGCAUCCAAACUUCAAAAUCAGUACCUCAGCCAAGAAGUCGAGGCUCUGAAGAAGAGGUGUGCAGGCCUGCUCGAGGACGCUAAACUUGCUGAAGACAGGGUCCAGCUGGAGUGCGAGGAGCGCUUAAGGGAGUAUAGGGAGUCAGCCGAGCUGAAGGGAGAGAUUGAACAGGCCUGUGAAGCUCAUCUCCAGAGUUAUAAGGACUCUUCUGAGCUGAAGGCUAAGAUAGCUGAGGCCUGUGAGGAGCGACUUGCGUAA